CGAACCGCAGCCGGGAGAGAUCUAGGCUGCAGAGUCUGCUCCGCGGGCUGCUUCUACCCCCACACCGCGGUUUCCCGACGCCCUACCGUAGAUUUUCUGCGUUGCGACUUGGGGUCUUCUGUCCUUUGCUUCUUGUAGGAGUCGCAGUCCAAGCAGCAACAACCCCAGAAAGGACGCAGUCCCGGCAUCGGAGGCUUCAGCACCAGCACCCCAACCAUUAGGCGGCGGGAUGUCUGUGGUUGGCAUUGACCUCGGCUUUCUCAACUGCUACGUCGCUGUAGCCAGGAGUGGCGGCAUUGAGACCAUCGCCAAUGAGUACAGCGACAGGUGUACCCCAGCCUGUAUAUCAUUGGGGUCAAGAACUCGAGCCAUUGGAAAUGCAGCUAAGAGCCAGAUAGUCACGAAUGUAAGAAAUACAAUUCAUGGCUUCAAAAAGUUUCAUGGGCGAUCAUUUGAUGAUCCCAUUGUGCAAACUGAAAGAAUCAGGCUUCCCUAUGAACUGCAGAAGAUGCCUAAUGGAAGUGCAGGAGUUAAGGUGCGGUACCUAGAAGAAGAGAGACCUUUUGCAAUUGAGCAAGUUACUGGAAUGCUGUUGGCCAAGCUUAAAGAGACUUCAGAAAAUGCUUUGAAGAAACCAGUAGCUGACUGUGUGAUUUCAAUUCCUAGCUUUUUCACUGAUGCUGAGAGGAGAUCUGUGAUGGCCGCAGUCCAGGUUGCAGGCUUAAAUUGCUUAAGGCUGAUGAAUGAAACUACUGCAGUUGCACUAGCAUAUGGAAUUUAUAAACAGGAUCUUCCCCCAUUAGAUGAGAAACCAAGAAAUGUAGUAUUUAUUGAUAUGGGACAUUCUGCCUAUCAGGUCUCAGUUUCUGCUUUUAACAAAGGAAAACUAAAAGUCUUGGCUACUACCUUUGAUCCAUAUUUGGGUGGCAGGAACUUUGAUGAGGCUUUAGUAGACUACUUCUGUGAUGAGUUCAAGACCAAAUAUAAGAUAAAUGUGAAAGAAAACUCUCGGGCCUUGUUGCGUUUAUAUCAGGAAUGUGAAAAACUAAAGAAGCUAAUGAGUGCAAAUGCAUCAGAUCUGCCAUUGAACAUUGAGUGUUUCAUGAAUGACCUUGAUGUUUCUAGUAAAAUGAACAGGGCUCAAUUUGAACAAUUAUGUGCUUCCCUCUUGGCUAGGGUUGAACCACCUUUAAAAGCAGUAAUGGAACAAGCUAACUUACAAUGUGAAGACAUAAGUAGUAUAGAAGUUGUAGGAGGAGCAACACGAAUUCCUGCAGUGAAGGAACAAAUCACUAAAUUCUUUCUUAAAGACAUAAGUACCACACUAAAUGCUGAUGAAGCUGUUGCAAGAGGAUGUGCUUUACAGUGUGCAAUUCUCUCACCAGCAUUUAAAGUGCGUGAAUUUUCCAUAACAGACGUUGUCCCCUAUUCAAUCACAUUAAGGUGGAAGACCUCUUUUGAAGAUGGAACUGGGGAAUGUGAAGUAUUCUCUAAGAACCAUCCUGCCCCCUUCUCGAAAGUCAUUACUUUCCACAAGAAGGAACCAUUUGAACUAGAAGCAUUUUAUACUAAUUUACAUGAAGUGCCUUAUCCUGAUCCAAGAAUUGGGAGCUUCAUUAUUCAGAAUGUUUUUCCACAGUCUGAUGGUGAUAGUUCAAAAGUGAAGGUUAAAGUUCGUGUUAACAUCCAUGGAAUCUUUAGUGUGGCUAGUGCAUCAGUAAUUGAGAAGCCCAAUUUAGAAGGGGAUCACAGUGAUGCUGCUAUGGAGACAGAAGCUUCAUUUAAGAAUGAAAACAAAGAUGAGGUGGAGAAAAUGCAGGUUGACCAAGAAGAAGGCAGUCAUCAAAAAUGUCAUGCUGAACACACCCCAGAAGAGGAAAUUGAUCAUACAGGCACCAAAACAAAGUCAACUCCCUCAGACAAACAGGACCGAUUAAAUCAGAACAUUAAAAAGGGAAAAGUCAAGAGUAUUGACCUACCUAUUCAGAGUAACCUAUAUAGACAACUGGGCCAAGAUCUUCUCAACAGCUACAUUGAAAAUGAGGGGAAGAUGAUAAUGCAGGAUAAGUUAGAGAAAGAAAGAAAUGAUGCUAAGAAUGCUGUUGAAGAAUAUGUAUAUGAUUUUAGAGACAGACUGGGCACUGUCUAUGAAAAAUUCAUCACUCCAGAAGAUUUGAAUAAACUGUCUGCAAUAUUAGAUGACACAGAAAAUUGGCUUUAUGAAGAAGGAGAGGACCAACCUAAACAAGUUUAUGUGGAUAAGCUUCAAGAACUAAAGAAAUAUGGCCAGCCUAUUCAAAUGAAGUACAUGGAACAUGAAGAGAGACCAAAAGCUUUAAAUGACUUGGGAAAAAAGAUCCAGCUUAUCAUGAAAGUGAUAGAAGCAUAUAGAAACAAGGAUGAGAGAUAUGAUCAUUUGGAUCCUGCUGAAAUGGAAGAAGUUGAAAAAUACAUCAGUGAUGCCAUGAGUUGGCUGAACAGUAAGAUGAAUGCACAGAACAAACUAAGUCUCACUCAAGAUCCUGUGGUAAAAGUUUCAGAAAUAGUUACGAAGUCAAAGGACCUGGAUAAUUUCUGUAACCCCAUCAUUUACAAGCCCAAACCAAAAGUAGAAGUUGCUGAAGACAAGGCAAAAGCUAAUGGUGAGCACAAUGGGCCAAUGGAUGGACAGAGUGGAACUGAAACUAAACCAGAAACAACAAAAGACAGCUCACAGCAUACUGCAUCUUCUGGAGAGAUGGAAGUGGACUAACUCUUAAUCUUACCUUCACAUAAUUCAAACCAGUACAAGUAACCACGGGAUCCAUUCUUCUUUUACAUCUGGUACACACAACAGAUGUUCAGUUGUUCUUAACCACUUUGUCAUUUGUUUUUUGGAGUAGUUUUGGAAAGUGUUUUAUAUUGAAUGUACCUCUGUUCAUUUACAUUGCUGCUUAUGUGAAGCUUUAGCCGAAUAUAGAUUUACAAAUCAGUUUAAGCUUUCCUAAUAUAUUUUAUAUCAAACAUGCAGGAUUGAUAUGUCAUUGGCAACAAUCUAACUUAUUUAAUGCUUCUACUUGGAUAAACCUUAGCUCCUUUAUUCAGGAAAGGAUACCGUAUUGCACUGUUGUUGCAGAAGCAUAUAUUUUUAAUUUCAUCAUUAUUUUGAAAAACAAAAAUUGAAAUUGAAGUGGUUAAAGCCACUGAGGCACUGACCUUUUUCUAGUUACUGUAUUGUUAUAACUUAAAUAUUAAAACAAAUAAGAGAGGUUCGUCGACAUAUUAGUUCAUCUCAUUGAUAUACCACGAAAACUCCAGAGCUUUCUGGUCAUCACAUGAACUAAAUCGUACAUUGAAAGGGAGAAAACACAAUUUCAUGUCAAGGUGACACCAGCAGUUUGCUUCUUUUAUUAGUAAUGUAGAUUAAUAUUUUCAUAGAGUAAUUCAGUGUUUUUCUUUUUUUCACUUGAAACUUUUGAUCUAUUUGUCCUGAAGAGUGGCUGCUGCUAUAAUAAUGCUAGCCUAAAAAUGUGGAAGCCUUUUGAUGAAAUUACCUUCAUGUUAAGGGGAAAGUGCUGUUGAACUACUUAAACAUGCAUCUUUGAUGUUGGUAGCCUCGUUUCAGUCUUAAUAGUCUUGCUUUUCUUCACUGAUUUUGUUAAUAAUACUUUAAGACAGGUAGGGAGAAAUGGCACAAUGUAUCACAUAUAUACAUUUAUCAUUGAUUUCCUUAAUGUUGCAAUGUAGAUAAACACAAAUAAGCAGUAAUACUUGGAAAGGAAAACGUACCAUAAGUCUUAGGAAAUAACGCUUGUAAUAAACUUAACUAUGUUACAUAUCAACAGGCAAAAUAUAGAAUGUUAUAUAGUGUAAUAUGAUACGAUGUGAUUAAAUUAUAGUACCUGCUCUUACAUUACCUUUUAAAACCUUGGCUCCAGUUUUGGUGCUUCUUAUGUAAGUGGGAGAAAGGAGAGUAAUUUUAACAUACAUUAAGGACCCAAUCUGUGCUUCAUCACUAGACUUGUUCACGUUGUUCAGUUCUGUCCAGAGGGUGAAACCAUUCAGGAACAGGCUGAAAUGACAUUUCACCCUACAGGAGGAAGAAGCAUAGACAAACGCAUGGGCCCUUGUGUUCUUGAUGCCAGUCAACUAGAUUGACCAACAUUAAAAUUUUGAAAGGCUCAUUUUUCCCAAAGCUAAAUCUUUUUAUUAAGAAGAAUUAAUAUUGUCAUUUCUUAAGUAGUUAAAAAUUGAGAGUAUAGUAUCUUUAGGGGUAGUCAUUAUUUCUCACAACUGGUUCUCUACGAGAGAUUUUGUUUCUACAAUGUAGUUUGCACUGAAAGAAGAGUAUGGAGUGGUGCAUUUGGCAGGGAUUUUUAUUCAGCUUUUUGAGGGGAGGUGUCCCUUUUUUGCAUCAAAAAAAAUCGUAUAGACCCAAAAUAUAUUUUUAAAUGUCUUCUCGUCUUUAAACUGUCCUCUCUUC